AUGGCGGCCAAGUCGCCAGAUCCUGUUGCUUUCCACGACAAGGAUCUCGAACGCGACGAAGCGAACAUCUCCAGCCAUUCCGCCUCCCUCUCCGAGAAAGCACAAGAAGAACACAGCCAGAGCGCGCUCGAUCCCGAUGUAGAACAUGGCAUUCCGGUUAUCGACACGACGCAGGAUGCAGACGAGAAGGUACCGCCCGUCACAACCGUUGACCACGAUCCAAAUAUCGUCGAUUGGGAUGGGCCAAAUGAUCCGGAGAAAGCCAUGAACUGGACCGACAGGAAGAAAUGGUCCAACGUGGCCAUCAUCUCCAGCGUCACCUUCCUGACACCGCUGGCUUCAUCUAUGGUCGCCCCAGCCACACCCUUGAUCAUGAAAGAGUUCCAUUCAUCCAACGAGACGAUUGCCAGUUUCAUCGUCUCCAUUUACAUCCUGGGCUACGCGCUGGGCCCUCUAUUCCUUGCCCCUGCCAGCGAAAUAUGGGGUCGACUCCCCCUCUAUCAUGCAUGCAACCUUAUGUUCGUUAUCUGGACUAUGGCUUGUGCUUUGGCACCAGGCAUAGGGUCCUUGUUGGUGUUCCGUCUCCUGGCAGGAAUCGCCGGAAGUUGCCCGCUCACCAUCGGCGGUGGCUCUAUUGCAGAUCUCAUUGUCCAAGAGAAAAGGGGUGGCGCAAUGGCCCUGUUUGCGCUGGGACCACUGAUGGGCCCUGUCAUCGGCCCGGUGGCAGGUGGGUAUCUGGGACAAGGCGCAGGCUGGCGCUGGAUCUUUUGGCUCAUCACGAUUGCUGGUGGUGUCGCGUUGGGUUUCUCGGCCAUCUUCAUGCGUGAGACUUUCGAACCAGUUCUCCUCGAGCGGCGGGCAAAGCGACUUCGAAAGGAGACGGGUAAUCCCAAUCUUCGCUCUAAGCUCGACCAGGGCAUCCCCAUGCGCGACUUCUUCAUCCGUGCUCUUGUUCGACCUACCAAAAUGCUCCUCUUCUCCCCGAUCGUCCUCUUGCUGUCUAUCUACAUGGCGGUGGUCUACGGCUACCUCUACCUACUUUUCACCACGCUCACCAUUGUCUUCGAGGGGCAAUAUCAUUUCAGCCAGGGCGCAGUUGGGCUGAGUUUCCUCGGCAUUGGAAUUGGUUCCAUGACUGGUCUAGUCAUUUUUGGAGCGCUGUCGGACAAAGUCGUCAAGAAGUUGUCGGCACAGGGUGAAAUGAAACCAGAGUACAGGCUCCCGCCUCUCCUUCCUGGCAGUCUGUUCAUCCCAAUUGGCUUGUUCUGGUACGGAUGGUCUGCGGACAAGGCCAUCCACUGGAUCAUGCCCAUCAUCGGCACUCUCUGGGUUGGCCUGGGCUUGCUUGCAACGUUCAUGCCGAUUCAGACGUAUCUCGUCGACGCAUACCACAUUCAUGCUGCCUCGGCGAUCGCUGCCAACACAGUUCUGAGGAGUUUAAUGGGUGCUUUCCUCCCACUGGCAGGGCCCGAUAUGUAUGUGGCCCUAGGCCUUGGGUGGGGUAAUUCUCUGCUUGCGUUUAUUGCGCUCGCCAUGGCACCGAUGAGUUGGGUCUUCUUUAAGCAUGGCGAGAUGAUUCGGAAGAAAUACCCAGUCAAAUUGUGA